ACAUGAUGGCAGGAAGGCAUCAGAAUAGUAGUUUUCCUCUUCCAGGGGUUCAGUCGAGUGGUCAGGUACACGUAUAUGGAAAUUGUUCAGAUAGUGAUGUGUUGGAGGAGGAUGCUGAGAUGUAUGAGCUUCGAUCCAGAGGAAGAGAAAAAGUCCGAAGAAGUACAUCAAGAGAUAGACUUGAUGACAUUAUAGUAUUAACAAAAGAUAUACAGGAAGGAGAUACUUUAAAUGCAAUAGCCCUUCAAUAUUGUUGUACGGUAGCAGAUAUCAAGAGGGUUAAUAAUCUCAUCAGCGAUCAAGACUUUUUUGCCCUUAGGUCUAUCAAAAUUCCAGUAAAAAAGUUUAGUUUAUUGACUGAAACACUUUAUCCUCCAAAAGGAAGACAGACUUCACGUCCUUCAUCUGUUCCAUAUGCCCCAGAACAACAGGAAAUUGUGCCAGCUAAUGAUUCUCUUUCUUCCAGUGAGUCAGCUGGUAGCUUUUUAAAAGAAGUGGACCGAGACAUAGAACAAAUAGUAAAAUGUACAGACACCAAAAGAGAGAACCUUAAUGAAGUGGUAUCUGCCUUAACAGCACAGCAAAUACAUUUUGAACCUGAUAAUAAAAAUACUCAUCGUAAGGAUCCCUAUUACGGAGCAGACUGGGGUAUAGGAUGGUGGACAGCAGUAGUGAUCAUGUUGAUAGUAGGUAUAAUAACACCAGUAUUUUAUUUGCUGUAUUAUGAAAUUUUAGCUAAAGUGGAUGUUAGUCACCAUUCAACAGUGGAUUCUUCACAUUUGCAUUCGGAAAUCACACCUCCAUUGCAGCACAGAGAAAUGGAAAAUGGAAUCGCCCCAACAAAAGGAAUACACUUUGGCCAACAAGAUGAUCAUAAACUAUAUAGUGAAGAUUCUCAGUCACCUUCUGCUCAACACAAAACGUAGCAAUUAGCUCAUAUCACUAUUCAGUGAUUACAAGAGCAUCUAGAAUAUGGUGAAUCAAGUAAUAUAUAUUCAAUAACACAAGGCAGUAUUUAGGGAGGUUGAAGAUGCUUUAUUUUUGUUUUUCACUCUUU